AUGGUGAACAAGAAAUCAAAGAAGCGGCAAGCUGCUGCUGCUGCUGCUACCGCUGAUUCAACAUCUACCCCCGCUGCCAAUAUGGCCACCCACAGCACUGAAUCGACGGCGUCAGGCUCGGGUUCGAGCUCACCACACCCCCCACCGACGCCUACGGAGCCUGUUGAGGCUGCUUCUUCCCCAGCCGUAGAGAGUGUACCAGAACCAGAGGACAUCGCAGUGCGCGCCGAAAAAGUGAAAGAGAAGGGCAACGUCGCUUUCAAAGCCGGAAAGUAUGCAGAGGCCACGGAACUCUACACGAAAGCCAUCGAGAUGAACCCGCUGGAGCCUGCGUACCUCACGAAUAGGGCCGCGUCGUACAUGGCGCUCAAGCGCUUCCGGCCGGCUCUCGAGGAUUGUCAGGUCGCUGUGUCGUUGCAGGCCGCCUCGCCACAGCCAAAAACUCUCUUGCGACUCGCGCGUUGCCAGCUUGCGCUUGGUUCCUCAACCCCCGCUCUGUCCACCAUCCGCUCGAUCCUUGCCCUCGAGCCGAAAAAUGCCCAGGCACUGCAGCUGAGGGACAAAGUGCAGGUGCUAGAGAACCACGUGAAGACGUUCGAAGCGGCUCGGGAGAAGAAGGAGUGGGCGCUCGCAAGGCUAGCACUGGACAAGUGCUUGCAGGCGAUCGAAGGCGAGGGCGGGGAUAUACCCUCUGAGUGGCGGUACUGGCGGGUCGAGCUUGAGCUGUCGCGCGGGAGCUGGGAGGCGGCGAAUAUUGCUGCAAACGAUGCACUGCGGCUAAAUCCCAACUCACCCGAUGCAUUAACAUUGCGUGGUCUCGUGCUGUUCCUGUGUGGCCGUCUUCCCCAGGCGCUCUCACACGUGACGUCUGCUCUGCGCCUUGAUCCAGGACACGAGCCAGCACAGAAGCUACGCAAGCGUGUAAAAGAUGUCGAGCGUCUAAAGGAGGAAGGAAACGUCGCGUUCAAGUCGGGUAAGUUGGCGGAGGCUCUGGAAAAGUAUGGCGAAUGUUUGGAGAGGAUCGGAGAAGCGGAAGAGGAAGGGAAGGGCGGACAGAUCCGUGCAACAUUACUUUCAAACCGCGCAACCACAUUACUAAAGCUGGAACGCCAUGAAGAAGCCUUACAUGAUACCGACGCCUCCCUACUCCUCUCCCCCAACUCUUACAAAGCGCUACGCACACGCGCGCGUAUCAACCUACAUCUCGAAAAAUUCGACGCUGCGAUCGCAGACUUCAACUCUGCUAUCCAGCAGGCGCAGACAGAGGGUUCGACGACGGACGCCGAGGUGCGCGGUCUGAAGGCCGAGCUCAAGAAGGCGGAAGCUGCGUUGAAGAGGAGCAAGACGAAGGACUACUACAAGAUUUUGGGUGUGAGUCGGGGAUGCAGUGAGGCAGAAAUUAAGAAGGCGUAUCGUAGGGAAAGUUUGAUUCAUCACCCUGACAAGGGUGGGGAUGAAGAGAAGUUCAAGCUAGUCGUCGAAGCUAAUGCUGUCCUAUCCGACCCCAAACGGCGCGAACGAUACGAUAUGGGCGAGGACGAAGACGGCCUGAACGACGGCUCCUCCGGCUUCCACGGUGGCGGCUUCGGUGGCAUGAGCCCAGAAGAUCUAGAGAGUAUAUUUGCGUCGUUCGGUGGCGGAGGCGGUGCAAGAUUUGGCGGAGGCGGCUUUGGCGGGAUGGGCGGAGGCUUUGGGGGCGGAGGCAGGAGAGGGCAUUCGCAUUCGCAUCAUGGAUUUGGGUUCUAA